AUUCUUUACUUCUCUCAUACUGGCACACCUUGUAUUGACACUCUCUCUUCCUUUCUCCAUUGCUGCAUUAGCUGCUCGUGAGUGGGUUGUUGGUGACACUGAUGAGGAGAAGCAAGGAACCUGUGGCUUUACUGCUUUUAUGAUAUUAUUUAGUGUCUAUGUAAUGCUCAUGACACUGAGUCUCAUAUCAAUUGAUCGGUUCCUUUUUAUAGUAAAGCCUCAUCUCCACAAGCGGUUCAUGAGUCCAAGGGUAGCUCUGGUCCUUGUCAUUAUUGUGUGGAUAGUCCCUGCUGCCUUUUUCUCUUCAGGAUUCAUCAAUGGAUCUGGUGCCGAAUUCCGCUAUAUAGAUUAUCUGGGAGUCUGUUCUGCUUUUACCACCAGUCCUGUUAUGGCCAUCUUCCGCUUUUUCUUUGCUUCGUUAAUGGUAAUUAUCAUUAUUAUCACUUCAGUUUGGACGUUUUGCUUCACUCGUAAGUUUAUUAAUAAUCAGUCAAUGAUAGUAGAAGAGAGUGUCUAUGCUUCAAAGAAGAAGAGGUUGUUUGGGUCCAUGCUACUGGUCUAUGGGAUAUGCUUCACUCCUAGCAUAUUCUUUUCUACGUUAGUGGCUAUUGUUGAUUCUCCCGGUGCUCUUACACUGACUGCUCUGAUGUUAUUCUUCUUUGCCGUUAUCCCGAGUCCAGUCAUUCAAGCUUACUUCAGGCCAGAGAUCAAUAGUGUUAUUGUUGAUAUUGUUUGUCGUAAGAUGCUGAAGAAGAAACCUAAUAAAUUAGCUACAUCAAGUACAUGUGAUUCAUCAUCUGCUGCAGUGGAAUUGCGUGUUAGCUCACUUGAUCCAUAAACUAUGUACAUUCAUUCAUCCAUUGACUUUAUUCUUGAGUAUAAGUUUUUAAUGUUACAGACAUUAUGUAUACAUGCA